AUGCGCGAAAUCGUUCACAUUCAGACUGGUCAGUGCGGCAAUCAAAUUGGCGCAAAGUUUUGGGAAGUAAUAUCAGAUGAACACGGCAUUGAUCCAACUGGGACGUACCAUGGGGAUUCUGAUCUACAACUAGAACGCAUAAAUGUAUAUUACAAUGAAGCAACCGGUGGAAAGUAUGUACCUCGUGCUGUUCUGGUCGACCUAGAACCUGGGACUAUGGAUAGCGUGCGUGCUGGUCCAUUUGGGCAAUUGUUCCGACCAGAUAAUUUUGUUUUUGGACAAAGUGGGGCUGGAAAUAAUUGGGCAAAAGGCCACUACACCGAAGGUGCUGAGUUAGUUGAUUCCGUCUUAGAUGUUGUUCGCAAAGAGGCGGAAUCCUGUGAUUGCCUUCAAGGUUUCCAGCUAACUCAUUCUCUCGGAGGGGGUACUGGUUCCGGAAUGGGGACACUACUUAUUUCUAAAAUCCGUGAAGAGUAUCCAGACCGUAUUAUGAAUACCUUCUCAGUCGUUCCAUCACCUAAAGUAUCUGAUACUGUUGUGGAACCUUACAACGCAACUCUUUCAGUUCACCAGCUUGUAGAAAACACUGAUGAAACAUACUGCAUUGACAAUGAAGCACUGUAUGACAUAUGCUUCCGAACUUUGAAGCUCACCACUCCAACGUAUGGUGAUCUAAAUCACUUGGUUAGUGCGACGAUGUCAGGUGUUACAACAUGCCUUCGAUUUCCCGGGCAGCUGAAUGCUGAUUUGAGAAAAUUAGCCGUAAACAUGGUACCAUUCCCACGUCUACACUUUUUCAUGCCUGGAUUUGCUCCUCUUACUAGCCGUGGUAGCCAGCAGUAUCGUUCCCUUACGGUACCUGAAUUAACUCAACAAAUGUUUGACGCAAAGAAUAUGAUGGCCGCUUGCGAUCCACGUCAUGGACGAUAUCUAACAGUCGCCGCAAUGUUUAGAGGUCGUAUGUCAAUGAAAGAAGUUGAUGAACAAAUGCUUAACGUUCAGAACAAAAACUCGAGCUAUUUCGUCGAAUGGAUACCUAAUAACGUCAAGACAGCUGUGUGUGACAUUCCACCAAGAGGUUUGAAAAUGUCGGUCACUUUCAUCGGGAACAGUACUGCUAUUCAGGAGUUAUUCAAGCGUGUUAGCGAGCAAUUCACUGCUAUGUUCCGACGCAAGGCUUUUUUGCAUUGGUAUACCGGUGAAGGUAUGGAUGAAAUGGAGUUCACAGAGGCAGAAUCAAAUAUGAACGAUCUCGUUAGCGAGUAUCAACAAUAUCAAGAUGCAACAGCCGAAGAGGAAGGGGAAUUCGAAGAAGAAGAAAACGAAGAGGCAUAA